AUGACGCAUGCAGCGGCCGAGCUUUGCGCAGAAGAUGUGCAGCAUUUUCUCGACAACUUAGACGAUUGCCAAAGGAACGAGGCUGUUGGCCGAUUCUUGAAGAUAGAGGGCAAGGAGCUUUGGGCCGAGCUUCUCCGCAGCUUUGCAUCCAGACGUGGUGCAGCUCGACGAGUGGCUUUCCGAGCCCUUACUGGUGAGGCUGUCGAGCUGAUAUUGCAGCCCAAGCAGACCCUCUUCUCGGCGAAGCAGGCCCUCUUGAAGCAGGUCGCCCAGCAGAUGCCGGCUGUCGACCCUGGUCACCGCCGGGAUGCGCAAGUCUUUGCUGGAGGUGACCUCCUUGCGGAUCACACCCUUGCGGCCAUGCUCCCUGAUGAGGUUUCCGUGGUGUUCAAGCAAGUGAAGCGCAUCGCUCCACCGUCGGACAGUGAGUUGUCUGAACCGGAUGAUUUAUAG